AUGGGCAAUAAACCUUCAAUUGAACAGCGCAAUUCCCGCGCAGGAAAUGUGCAGACGCGUCUUGCACCCAACUCCACAAGACGCACAAACGACAGUAUUGGCAGCAGACCAUCACAACCUUCUGCCACCGAACGACGAGCAGGUCCGCAACGGCAGGAAGAGCGGCCUCCUCCAUCGCCAUCCAGCUCGACAGCUUCAACCCCUACUGAAGAUCAAAUUAUAUCUAACUGGAAGCUUUUCAAUGAUCUUGAAAAUCGCGAAGAAGCUGAAGCGUUGGAGCUAUCGUCUUUUCUAGAUGCGCUUGUACAUCAUAUUCCUGGACUAGACGAUGGCAAGCAAAAACUUUCAAAGGCUUACGCGGUGUCUAAGCAAGAAAUGGGGAAUAUUGACAUUGCCGACAUGUAUGUGCAAGGUGAUGAUCUCAAUGGAGUCAUUACCUUAAAAUAUGUAGAAGAUCUUAUUGACUCAUGUCGCAAUGGGCGUAAAAUCCCUCGAAAUGUCGUUAUUCGUGUCAUCAACGAAGCGACGGCGCUAUUUCGAAAGUCUCCGACCAUGGUGGAGUACCAUAUAGCACCUGCACACCAUAUUACCAUCAUUGGUGACUUACACGGUCAAUUAGAUGAUUUAUUGCUGAUUCUUCGUGAAAACGGAAUGCCGUCGGAGAAGAAUCCAUAUUUAUUUAACGGCGAUUUUGUUGAUCGUGGUGACCGUGGCAUCGAAAUUGCCAUUAUCAUCUACAUGUUCAAGCUGCUAUACCCCAAGCACGUUUUGAUGAAUCGUGGCAACCAUGAAGAAAACUCUAUCACGCAAGUGUUUGGCUUCAUGAGAGAGUGCGAAGUCAAGUAUGAUCGAUACGUGUACGACCUCUUCUGUGAGAGUUUUCGGUACCUUCCUCUUGCUACGCUUCUUGACGAUCGUGUUCUUGUGGUUCAUGGUGGUAUUCCUCGUGACAAUAUGUACGUCAAGGAACUUAAUGGUCUUGAUCGUGCCGGUUAUGAUCUCACACGAUUUCGUACAAAGCCCAAGAACCGCAAGGAUCGAGAAUCUUUCCGUAAGAUGCAAAUGAUUCGCGACUUGCUCUGGAGCGACCCGAAGGCUACAAAAGGUUAUGAUGAAAACAAACGUGGGGCUGGUACAAUGUAUGGCCCUGACAUUGUACAGAAGUUUAUGAGCAAGAAUAAAUUAGCUCUGAUUGUUCGCUCUCACGAGUGCGUUCCACGAGGUUUUGAUUGGCCGUACCAAGAGAAGGGCAUGUUGGUUACGCUAUUUUCAGCGUCCAAUUAUUGUGGUAAGGCCAAUAACUUGGGCUGCUUUAUGCGACUCCCUUCUGGCAAAGAAAAACCUGCUUUCUUUCAGUAUAUGGCGAGUGCUGAGAGUCGCGAUAUGGCUGUGUCAAAUUUAGAUGCACUCUUUUCGCUAAUCGUACAAUACCGGGCUGAUUUACUCGCUGAAUUCGAACACUAUGAUCAAACGAAAUUGGGAAAACUCACGGUCCAGACUUGGAGUACAAUUAUGGAGGAUGUAUUGGACUUAUCUUUGGACUGGAACGCCCUUCAACCCUUGUUAACUGCUUUAGAUGAGGACGGUCUUGUUCCUUAUAUUAAGUUUCUGGACCGCUACAAUGCUGAAGGAGCUCUAAAACGUUCGGAAAGCGAAGAAAACGAUGACCCAGAGCGGGAAAAGCAGCGCAGUGCCUUUAAUUCAUUGUAUCGUCAUCGAUCGCGACUUGAAGCUCUCUUUCGCGUACUCGACAGAGAUGGUAAUGGUACUAUUUCUGUUGAUGAACUGGAGAAUGGAAUUAAGUUGUUGAAUCAACACUUACCUCCUGGAACAAAACCUUUCAGUACGAAUGGCUUGGAUUACAUGCGUAUGUUGGAUUUUAGCCACGACAACGAGAUUAAUAUUAACGAGUUCAUGGAAGGAUUUCGUAUUAAUGCAAAGCUCACUGUUCACGCCAAGUGGAAACGCGCUCGAAAGAAAAUUAAAGCGCUUAGUGCCAUCGGUGCGCUGCGUAGUUUGGCAUUGCCAAGUUCUGCGACAGCCGCAGCAUCGGGUCUCUCAAGUGUCCCACUGACAGUUGAUGUACAUGACGAAGGAGCUGAGAGUGCAAUAGAAUCCCCUGUGUCAGAUCCAGAACUUAUGACGGUUCCAAGUGCGUCUGCGCCUCCUAAAUUUACCACUCAUGGCAGUGUGCAGAUUAUUGCUCCCCCUGCUGCUGCUUUGAAGCUGGACGCGGUAGAAUUAGAUCUUAACGAGAAAAAAUGCGCGUCGUGA